AUGGCACCGAAGAAUAAGAAAGGUGGUGGUGGCAGUGGCGGAGCCCCCAAAGUCACAGUCGAUAAGACUUUUGGUAUGAAAAAUAAGAAGGGUGCUAAAGCCCAACAGCAAAUCAAGGUAAUUCAGCAGCAGCAGCAACAGACAGGCAAGUCGCGUGAGGCCCUGGCCAAAGAAAAGCGCCGCGAGGAAGAAAAGCGCAUUAAGGCGGAGGCUGAGAAGCGCAUGAAAAUUGAAGGCCCACCUAUAGUGCAACCGCACGUUCCAUUCGGUGUGGAUCCUAAAAGCUUGACGUGUGCAUUCUGGAAGGCAGGACGGUGUGAUAAGGGCACGCGAUGCAAAUUUUCACAUUCGCAUGAUGCACAGCGGAAAACCCAAAAGAAAGACUUGUAUACAGACACUCGGGACCAAAAGGCCAGCGCAGAAGAGGAGAAGAAGAACGACACUAUGGAUAAGUGGGAUCAAGAACAUCUGAACAAGGUGAUUAAUAUGAAGCAUGGUAAUCCGCGUACGACCACAGACAAGGUCUGCAAGUACUUCUUGCAAGCGGUCGAAGACGGAAAGUACGGGUGGUUCUGGGAAUGCCCGAAUGGUGGUGAAAAGUGCAUGUAUCGCCAUGCAUUGCCCCCUGGCUUUGUGCUCAAGUCUGAGCGGAAGGAGCGUGAGGCGUUAGAAAAAGCGAAUGAGAUUUCGCUGGAGGAGUUCCUGGAAAGCGCACGUCAUAAACUGGGUCAGAACUUGACACCUGUUACGCCCGAGUCGUUCCAAAAGUGGAAGAAGGAGCGAUUGGACAAGAAGGCAGCCGAGGAAGAGGCGGUGCGCCAGAAGAAGCAGUCACAAGCACAGGCCAACAAGAUGAUUGGCUUGAGUGGACGCGAGAUAUUCGCUAUGAACCCAGAUAUCCUAGCUGAUGACGACGAUGAUGACGAUGAUGGUGCAAUAGACAUGUCGACAUACAUGCCUAGCGGCUGGGAGCAGGGUCGCCCGGAUGACCAAGUGCCAUCGGAGGGCGUAGCGAACCUCCAUGUCCAGGACAACUAA